AUGAAGGUUGGUGAUGGAGAUGGAGGGAAAUCAAACAAAUUGGCUGCCCUUACUGGCAUGGGCGACCCCAACGGCCCCAAUCUCUUCCCGGGACGCGACACCCCAUCAUCCAUGCGUUCGUACCAACGGGCGAUGGCGGCGACAGCACAGAAGCCCUUCGAUCCAACAGAGGACGACCCAGUAGAACACAAAGCCACCGCUGCCCACGACCAGUCCCACUACGUCGUCGCGCCCUCAAUCCACGUCCAGUCGGAAUUCCCAACCAUCACGCGCAGCUCGGAGCCAAGCCAGCCACUUACGUGCUUGGUCGUCGUCGAGCUCCCAGGAAAGCGGCAAAAUACUCACGUCCCGGGCUCAGUCAUGCCCGUCUCGGACGCCUUCACGCCCCAGCAGAAGAACCCCGCGCUCUACCGCGACGGGAGCAACCACUCGGUGCAUUCGGGGAACCACCCAGGGGACUAUACCAUGUCGCCACAAAUUCAGUCGCAGCACAUCCCCGCCGAUCAGCAGUCGCAGUCCGGGAGGUCACACCGCAUGUCGCCCUCGGCGUCUAGGGACCCGCUCGUGACCUCGCCCUUGGAGCGCGAGAUCAUCCAGCAGGACGAGGACUCGCCGUUCAGCUCGAUCACGGAGGAUCUCCGGAACCGCAUCAUCGACUGGAAGGGCCACCCGCUGUCUGGCCUUGGGCCGCUCCAGAUGUACGACCUUCUGUCGGUCCGGCGGGACGCGCUCGUACGCGAGUUCUUCGUCUAUCUGUUCAAGGAGGCGAUCAUUUGCGUCGUGGAGGAGAAGAAGCGCACGCUCGGCCGCCUGCUCUCGUCCGCGGGUGCGGCGUCUGCGUUUGGUGACGGUACUGGGUCUGGCUCGAUCAAUGGCGGGAGCUCGCAGAAGGGAGUCCUCCGCCUGAAGGGGCGCAUUUACAUCCGGCACAUCCGGCAGGUCACGGACACGUCGGUGCAGGGAGAGCUUUCCCUGACCAUCGACAUGGAGGACGAGCGUCUGGACUCCUUCAUCCUCAUCUUCAAGGACCGGUCGUCGUUGGAGACUUGGAAACAGCAUAUCCAAGUCCUCGUCGCCGUCUACCAGCAGCAGACCGGGCAGGCGGCGCAACAACAGCCCGAGUACGCGCGGUCGCCCGACCUGGAGGAGUUCGGCGGGAGCGCCAAGGCCGCGCGGAUGCUCACGGACGAGUACGGGGGCAACCAGAAGGCGAUGCGCAUGCUCAGCGGGAGCACGACGGGCACCACGGUCAGUACCGCCGAUAGCCUUCUCAACGGGUCCGCCCGGUCGACAGUGUCUUCUAACACGUCGUACGGCUCCGCGUCGCUCGGACCGCGGCCGGGUCUCCACCAGAAACUCUCCACGCUCGAGGAGGACGACGAGCUCAGCAGGUACUCGUCCCCACAGCCGCUCGUCGCGCCGCAUAUGUCCUCCGGGCCGUCCAACUCUCUCGCCCCGCUUGCGCACCCGCCCAUGGACCUCAUCCUCGUCAUCUCGGUCCCUGGCCCCACGUCGACGCCGAGCACCGCGGCACUCAAGAUUCGCGUGAUCAAGACGUCGCUUGACUUCAUCUUCCACUCCCUCUCGUCGAAGGACCGGCUGAGCUUGGUGACAUUCGAAGUGGGCGUUGGCGGCCGCGUGCGCCGGACGCCGUUCCUCAGCCUCGGCAAGCCGCAGAGCCGACAGCGGCUACAGAAGUUCAUCGAGGACAUCGGCAGACGCGAGGACUUCGAUGACGAGUUCCUCGUGCGUGGGUCGCAAGAAGACAAGACGGAUGUCGUGACUGCGGUCAACAACGGUCUCGACGUGGUCUUGCAGCGCAAAUCGCGGAACCCCGUCACUGGGUUCGUGCUUGUCAGCGACUCGUCAGAGACGACACGCAGGGCGCAGAUGGACCUCGUCCUCGCGCGCGCCGAGGCCGCGAACGUGCCUAUCCACUCGUUUGGAUACGGGCGGUCUCAUGAUCCGGCAUCGCUCUGGCUCAUGUCGAACCACACGAGCGGGACGUACACGUUCGUGAAGGACUGGUACGAUCUCCGCGAUUGCCUCGCGGGCUGCAUCGGGGGCAUGAUGUCCAUCGGGCUCGCGAACAUGAAGCUGCACCUGAAGAUCGUGGAUGGCAACCGCUUCCGGAUCCGCAAGAUCUCUGGGGGCCCCCUCGCCAUCCUAUCGUCAGAUGGCCGGGACGUCGACGUCGAGGUUGGCGAGCUCCGGUACGGCGAGCGGAAGGAGAUGCUCGUCGAGCUCGAGCUGGACAACAGCGACGUCUUGCAGAGCCCGCCCUCGCCGCACAACGGCGUCCAGCCUACUCGCGCGCUGAACGCGACGGACGUGUUCAACCAGCGCAUGGGCCUCGACGCGAUGUCGCUCAGCGACUUCCCCGACCUCGCGGAGGGCAUGAUGGACCGCAUGAUCGACGAGGUGCCCGUGUUUGAGGUCGACGGCUCGUUCUUCGACCCGAACGCGGCCAAGAACGUCUCCCGCCUCGCGCACCCUGUCCUGCUCACCGUCACCCUGCUCCCGAGCACGGGCAGCAGGCCGCGGACCCCGGCCCCGAACAGCUCGGACCCGGUGAUCGUGCGCAGGCGGAUGGAGCUGCUCGCGUCGGACAUGAUCACGCGCAUGCUCGUGCUGGUGUCGAGGCGGAACGUGCCGCAGGCGCAAAAAUUGAUGAGCGAGACGCGGCGGAUCCUGCACACGGUGCUGCAGAACGUCACCGCGACGCUGCCGCCGCCGAACCGCGACGGGGCGACGACGACGAGGAACAGGAAGGAGAUCCUGACGAUGUCUGCGGUCAGGGCGAUCCAGUCGAUCAUGCAGGACAUGCAGAUCCUGUCGGAGGCCCUGGAUGAGCACGCGGAUACGUUCGCUCUUGAUCAGCGCAAUUUUGGUGCCCAACAGGCCAAGGUGCUCCGCGACCAGAAGAGCUGGAGCGGUAGAAGCGCAAUCGAGCGCCUGUUCUGGACGAUCGACAGCUCUAUUGAGCUGGUCUCUCGAAGUACUGACUGGGUUGCCCGCGAGUGA